GGCACAUUUCGAACCGUGGCUGGGGCGGCGGCGGCGGCGGUGGCUGCGACGGUGAAGGAUGCACCCGGCAGGCUUGGCGGUGGCGGGGACGCCCCGGCAGCCGUCCAAGCGGAGGACCCCGGUGUCCCAGCCAGGCAUGGCCGACCCUCACCAGCUCUUCGAUGACACGAGUUCGGCCCAGAGCCGGGGCUACGGGGCCCAGCAGGCACCCGGCGGCCUGGGCUACCCUGCGCCUUCCGCCUCGCCCCAGGCUGCCUUCCUGGCGGAUCCUGUGUCCAACAUGGCCAUGGCCUACGGGAGCAGCCUGGCUGCCCAGGGCAAGGAGCUGGUAGAUAAGAACAUUGACCGCUUCAUCCCCGUCACCAAGCUCAAGUACUACUUUGCCGUGGACACCAUGUAUGUGGGCAAAAAGCUGGGCCUGCUCUUCUUCCCCUACCUGCACCAGGACUGGGAAGUGCAGUACCAGCAGGACACACCAGUGGCCCCCCGCUUUGACAUCAACGCUCCUGACCUCUACAUUCCAGCUAUGGCUUUCAUCACUUAUGUCUUGGUGGCUGGCCUGGCGCUGGGGACCCAGGAUAGGUUCUCCCCAGACCUCCUCGGGCUGCAGGCAAGCUCUGCGUUGGCCUGGCUGACCUUGGAGGUGCUGGCCAUCCUGCUCAGUCUCUACCUGGUCACUGUCAACACUGACCUCACCACUAUCGAUCUGGUGGCCUUCUUGGGCUACAAAUAUGUUGGGAUGAUUGGCGGGGUCCUUAUGGGCCUGCUCUUUGGGAAGAUUGGCUACUACCUGGUGCUGGGCUGGUGCUGCGUGUCUAUCUUUGUGUUCAUGAUCCGGACGCUGCGGCUGAAGAUCCUGGCGGAGGCAGCGGCCGAGGGCGUCCCGGUGCGCGGGGCCCGGAACCAGCUGCGCAUGUACCUGACCAUGGCCGUGGCGGCGGCGCAGCCCCUGCUCAUGUACUGGCUCACCUUCCACCUGGUGCGGUGAGGGCGGCCCGGCCCACGCCCCCAGCUGCUGCUCCGCGCGGCUGCCGCCGCCCCUCCGCCCGCCCGCGGGGACACCGCCGCCGCCCCGAUCCCGAGACCCCACCCCUACCCCCUCCGGGCCGAGGUGCCGACAUCUCCAGCUGCACCGGCCGCCCCGCAGAGCGGUCGCUGUUCCGGAAACAAUAAACCGAGAUGGGCACGGCG